AUGAUUCAAAUCAGAUUUCUGCUUCUGAUAAGCGUCGUCUCUCUUUCGACUGGAUGGUUCGUGAACCAGUGUAAAGGAGUGAAAUGUGGGCCGUGGGAGUAUUGCAAUCCGUGCGGCGUUUGCGAAUGUGAUCUCGGCUUCUUUCGCAACACCACCGGACAGUGUGUCACCCUAUGGCGAUGCACGAUGAAGAAGCCACAAACCACUACGACAAUGACGACCAAGGGUUCGACCACCACCACCACCACUACAGCCGCGGCUUCGGGA